UCUGCGAUGCUAAAACCGCAACCCAUCGAGAUGACGGUUGAGUGCACCCUUGAGGAGUUGUGCCAUGGAUGCAUUAAGAAGUUCAAGAUCAAAAGAGAUGUCAUCACUCCUAAUGGGGAAAUGUCUCAAGAAGAAGAGAUCGUAACGUUAAAUGUGGAGCCAGGAUGGAGGACUGGUACAAAAAUUACAUUUGAAAGUUCCGGAAAUGUUAGAGCUGGUUUAUACCGAGAAGACGUAAUAUUUUCUAUAUGGGAGAAAAAGCACCAAUUAUUCCGAAGAGAAGGUGAUGAUUUGGAAUUGGUGCUUGAAAUUCCUUUAGUAAAAGCACUCAGUGGAGGCAUAAUACCGAUCCCAUUAUUGGGUGGAGAAGAGAUGAACGUGAGUUUUGAAGAAGAUAUCAUAUUCCCUGGUUUUGAGAAAGUAAUCUCUGGCCAGGGCAUGCCAAUUUUCAAUGAUCCAGACAAGAGAGGAGACUUGAGAAUUAAGUUUCUUGUUGAGUUUCCAACAUAUCUCACUGAUCAACAACGGGCUGAGGUUGUUAGCAUAUUACAAGAGUAGUCUUCAUUCUCAAUAGCAGUUGGAGUUUUUUUUUUUUUUAAUUCAUUUUCAUUCAUUCAUUUUAUUUAUUUAUUUGUUUGUUUAUCCGUAUUAUUGAAUAGAUUAAGUUUUCAUUCAUCAGGUAGGUUAAGAUUUGAGAAUGAGAAAGAUGUACAUUUGUAACGUUGCAGAUUAAUUGUUAAUUAAAGUUGUAGAAAAGAAACCAAUUUAAUUUAUCUGCUUGCAUUGUUUACAAUUUCAAUUUUGAUUAUGGUCAAGUUCAUGCAGGAGUUCAGAAAAACACAAAAAAAAAAUAUUUGCUAUCUCAAGCACAAGCCUUGCUUAUUGAUUUUCUCAUUAAACAAAACAAAGAAAAGAAUAUCACACAUUCUUAAUACACAAGGAGGCGAAUUAGAAAUAAAGUAAAAAAAAAAAAAAA